GUAGGGCCGACGCUCCGGUAUUCUCUCAGUUCUCGUCCUUGGCUGGCAGCCCGCGUCCGUCCACUUCUCGAGUCGCCGGCCGCAGCCUCCACUUAAGUGCGCCCCGAUCUGGCCCCCUGCCCCGCGAAGAUGGCUGCCGUACGCCGGGCCCGCAGUUACUGCCGCUGCCUGGUGCGCUUCUCCGACCGAGAACUCUACUAAGCCCCGCUGCAGCAGACAGGCAGGAGUAGACACCCGGACACCCAGCACCCCUCCUCCGGGGGGCGGUGCAAGGGGGCGCGGAGAGCCCCUCGACCGCAGCUGGCCGCCCCGCCAGCAUGGCAGAAGCUGAGGAAGAUUGUCAUUCUGAUGCUGUCAGAGCAGAUGAUGAAGAUGAAAAUGAAAGUCCUGCUGAAACGGAUCUGCAGGCACAACUCCAGAUGUUCCGAGCUCAGUGGAUGUUUGAACUUGGCCCAAGUGUAGGCUCUGGCAAGUUAGAAAAUCAACCUUGCAGAGCAGCUAGAGGCUCUCUGUUGAAAGCAGCAACAGAUACCAAAGGAAAACAAGAACAGGCAAAAGAAGAAAAGGCUCGAGAGCUCUUUCUGAAAGCUGUAGAAGAAGAACAAAAUGGAGCUCUCUAUGAAGCCAUCAAGUUUUAUCGGAGGGCUAUGCAACUUGUACCUGAUAUAGAGUUCAAGAUUACUUACACUCGGUCUCCAGAUGGCGAUGGUGUUGGAAACAGCUACAUUGAAGAUAGUGAUGAUGAUAGCAAAAUGGCAGAUCUCUUGUCCUACUUCCAGCAGCAACUCACAUUUCAGGAGUCUGUCCUCAAACUGUGUCAGCCUGAGCUUGAGAGCGGUCAGACUCACAUAUCAGCGCUGCCGAUGGAGGUCCUGAUGUACAUCUUCCGAUGGGUGGUAUCCAGUGACUUGGACCUCAGAUCCUUAGAGCAGUUGUCACUGGUAUGCAGAGGAUUCUACAUCUGUGCCAGAGACCCUGAAAUUUGGCGUCUGGCCUGCUUGAAAGUUUGGGGCAGAAGCUGUAUUAAACUUGUCCCAUACACAUCCUGGAGACAGAUGUUUUUAGAACGGCCACGUGUUCGGUUUGAUGGAGUGUAUAUCAGUAAAACCACAUAUAUUCGUCAAGGGGAACAGUCUCUUGAUGGUUUCUAUAGAGCCUGGCACCAAGUGGAAUAUUACAGGUACAUAAGAUUCUUUCCUGAUGGCAGUGUGAUGAUGCUGACAACCCCUGAGGAGCCUCAGGCCAUUGUUCCUCGCUUAAGAACUAGGAAUACCAGAACCGAUGCAAUUCUACUGGGUCAUUAUCGCUUGUCACAAGAUACAGACAAUCAGACCAAAGUAUUUGCUGUAAUAACUAAGAAAAAAGAAGAAAAACCACUUGACUACAAAUACAGAUAUUUUCGUCGUGUCCCUGUACAAGAAGCAGAUCAGAGUUUUCAUGUGGGGCUACAACUGUGUUCCAGUGGCCACCAGAGGUUCAACAAACUCAUCUGGAUACAUCAUUCUUGUCACAUUACUUACAAAUCAUCUGGUGAGACCGCAGUGAGUGCUUUUGAGAUUGACAAGAUGUACACCCCCUUGUUCUUCGCCAGAGUAAGGAGCUAUACAGCUUUCUCAGAAAGGCCGCUUUAGGACCUCGAGUCCAGUCCUGUCACUGUUGCAUGAAUAAAAGUAUAUAGCGCAAAAGAUCACCUAAGUUAUAAAUGUACAUAUGUAUGGAAUUGGAACUUAUUUUAAAUUGUUGCAGUUCUUUUAAGAAGAAUAUAAAUUGAUUAUUUUUUUUAUUUAAAGGGAUAGUUGCUUCUUGGGGUGUUUUGUUUAGAAAUUAAGAAGUUGAAGGUAUAAGUUGUUUAAGUAUAUUUAUGUUUUGAAAAACCUUAAUAUGAGGUUAAAAUCAUGUUCUUUUUAAAGCAGAUUUAUGAGAUUUCUGUCAUUUAAGUUGUCUUCUGAGCAUCCUAAUAUUUAAAUGCACCAGAGGAAAGCUCCACUGGAUAAGCAUUUUACUCCUGCAUGACAUAAUGUCUUUGCACUAAAGGCUCAAAUGUGAAAACCUGUUCUGGAUUUGAUUGAAACUGUUUUACCAAUAAAGAUUACAAAUAAACAUUUCUUUCAAGAAAAUA